GCAGUGAUGACGAGGAUGAUGGCGGACGCGAUGUGUUUGGUGGUUGACGCGCACUGCCAUGUGCACGAAGGCGUGACAAGGGUUGAUGAUGAUGGCGGUGAUGAUGGUGUUGGGGAGGGAGUAGUGGAAGGAAAGCAGUUGCUGUCGCGACAAACGGCAGUAGCCUUUCUCAUGUCGCGACAAACGGCAGUAGCCUUUCUCAUGUCUACGGAACCGUGCCAGUGGAAGCAAGUGCUCCACCUCAUGCAGUCCUCGGACCAAAUAGAUGUGGGCAGAUUGAUAACCAGGAAAGGAGACAUUGACGACAAGGUUCCAGCAGCUGUGGCCUGUGUCGGCAUUCACCCGUGGUUUGCACACCGCUACGUGGCUGAGCGCAAGGACCCAGCAAACGAAGGCGACGGUUACAAGGCAUUGGGCGGUUCCAAAACGCAGCAUUCUGGCGCGGUUGUUUCAACCGCGCCAUACACGUGGGAGGAGGAGAUGGCAGCCGUGCUCACAGAACACGAGCGCGUGGUCGUGGGCGAGAUUGGCCUAGACUUUGUGGCCAAGAUUCCCGAGAGCGGCCUCGUGGACCGCGCAGCACAACAGGAUGUGUUCCGGCGGUGCCUCUGUCUCGCAGGCCACUUUGAGCGACCCGUGAGCAUCCACUGCGUCAAAGCGUAUGAGGCGCUCAUCACCAUCCUGUGUGACCUACACGCACGAGGCAAGCAAGCACCGGGAUCUUUCACCCAGCGAGGUCACAGCGACACUGGCGGUACGCAGAGCAGCGGUGGCCACGACCCCGCAGUUGCAGCGAGGAUGGCGGUUCGCUUGCCGCCGCGCAUCGCCGUGCACUCGUAUGGCGGGUCAGCGGAGACCGUGAAGCGGCUGCUGCGCGUGUGUGAGCGCGAUCUUGGGGUGCAGGUGUUCUUUGGCUUCUCCUCAGUUGUGUCGCUUCGCAGCGAGCGGCGCGCACGUGCGAACAUUGCCGCCGUUCCGCUUGACCGCCUGCUGGUUGAAUCUGACCGCGCAGACGCGAGCAAGGUCGACGAUGAGCUGGCUGCCGUGAUUGACUUGAUUGCAGACGUCAAGGACAUGGACAAGCAGCACGUCAUUGCUGCUCUGAAUCAGAACGCCCUCACAUGGGCAGGCUUUCUCCCUUGA